AUAAGUUCGUUGGCCAAGGCGAAGCCCAAAUUAGUGCACCCACAGGCCAGUGCCAGAGCGGAUCUUCUCCAGAUUUCGAUCAUCCGCUAUGCAGUUGAUCUACUUGACGCUGGGAUUGGGGCUGAUCUUCACCACUGCCCCGCAGGCGGCCAUCAUCCCACUGACCCUGAUCAAAAACGAAGUUGGAGACACGGAGAAGUUCGGUUACCUGGAAUUCAAGCCCAAUGGAUCACUGAUCCUCAGAAGGGCGCCUAAUGAGAGUGGCAGUAAUCUACAGGACCUGCUAAUGCUGCGAGGAGUACUGCAGGCUCUUAAAGCGAAUCCCUCAAAAAUAUCGGAUACCGGUAGCGAAACACGAUUGAACCUAAGGAUCUAUGGAGAUGGAGUGGAGCACAAGUUUCCGCCCCUACUGGAGAAUAUCAUCCAGCGCAUUCAAACGUAUUUUUCGGUCUACCGCUUUACGGAUACCAGCAAGCCCGGUGGAUUCCAGCGAAUUGAACUUACCACACAGCCGGCGGAGGAUUCCCCGGAUAUAACCACCAUAAAAGCCGCGAACGAUGAUGAACUGAUAGUAGUAGGAGAGCAGGAUGCGUACAUUACAGUGGGGGAUGAUACAGACUAG